AUGGCCUCACUUCACCUCAAUGACAUCAAGCAAAUAUCAGAUAUUGAGCUUACAGAUGCUGCAGGGUCAUCAUCACCAGGCGAUGCAGAAGUCUUUGAUGAUAGCACCGGCCAUGUCCCGGAGAAAUAUAGAGGAACAUCUGCCGACCAGCGGGACAUGAACAUUAUGGGCAAAAAGCAGGUCCUGCGGCGGAACUUCAACUUUAUCACAAUGCUCGGCUUCGCAUCAACCUGUGUAGCAAGUUGGGAAGGCAUCCUUACAUACCUUGGUUUUGUUCUCACUGACGGUGGCACUCCGCUUCUGUUCUGGGGCUUUAUUGCAUGUGCUGCGGGGCAGACACUAGUGUAUGCCACAGGUGGUCAAUAUCACUGGGUGUCGGAAUUUGCCCCUCGACGAAUGCAGAAGAUCCUCAGUUACUUUUCCGGCUGGCUCACUGCCAUCGGCUGGCAGGUGUAUCUUGCCAGUGUGUGCUUCUUAGUUGGCACGAUCAUUCAGGGAUUGAUUGUCCUGAAUGACUCGUCCUACGUCUAUCAAAGAUGGCACGGGACCUUGUUGUCCAUCUCUAUUGUCGUCUUCUGCAUUAUUUUCAACACUGCCCUAGCGUCGCGACUUCCAAUCAUAGAGGGCAUGAUCCUGAUCCUCCACCUCUUGGGCUUCCUUGCCAUCAUUGUCCCGCUCUGGGUCAUGGCACCACGCGGCAGUGGACACGUCGUUUUGCUCGAAUUUACCAACUAUGGCGGCUGGACGAGUACCGGUCUAUCAGCAAUGAUUGGCUUACUCGCUCCCAUGGCCGUUCUGGUUGGCUACGACUGUUCCGUGCAUAUGUCUGAGGAAAUCAAAGAUGCCUCCGUUACUCUCCCCCGGGCCAUCAUGGGCUCCGUCGUCGUCAACAUCACACUCGUCUUCAUUGUGAUAAUCACCAUUUGUUUCACGCUCGGCGACGCUGCAAGCGUCCUGGCAUCUCCCACCGGCUAUCCCUUUAUCCAACUCUUCUACAACGCGACCCAAUCGUACGCCGGCACCAAUGUCAUGACCGCAAUUAUCAUCGUCAUGCUCUCUGCCUGCGCCGUUUCCGAAGUGGCUGCUGCCUCACGCCAAGUCUGGUCCUUUGCUCGUGACGCUGGUCUGCCCGGCCACAGCUGGCUCUCCAAGGUUUCACCCGGCUGGAACGUCCCAGUCCCUGCCGUCGCCGUUUCCCUCACCAUCUCCGUACUUCUCUCUCUCAUCAACAUCGGCUCUACCGUCGCUCUCAAUGCUAUUACGUCACUGGGUGCCAUUGCAGUUUUGAUCUCCUAUUUCCUCACCAUCAGUUGCGUCGUUUACCGCCGGCUCCAAGGGCCAAAGCUUCCCGUACGCCGGUGGUCACUCGGAAGAUGGGGCCUUGCCAUCAACUGCGCAGCUUUAGCGUUCCUCGUACCAUUGAUCUUCUUCCUCACCUGGCCCCUUGUGACACCCGUCACGGCGACGACAAUGAACUGGUCGAGUGUCAUGAUGUGUGGCACUUUGAUUUUAGCCGCGAUCUACUACGUCUUCAAGGGGAGGAAAGAAUAUGUUCCUCCUGUUGUACACGUCAAGCGUCAAGAGUGA